AUGAAGAUGAAGAAGCGCGUGCUAUGCGUGUACGAUGGCCAACGCCGCUUGUGGAAGGAUGACAUGAUGCUCGAUUCGGAAUUCGAGGUACGCAUGCGUCUUCCUGGCGGCGAUGGUAAGCAGUACAUCACUGACCUGGAUGUGCAAACGAUCAAGAGAGCCGAGGCCAUCCUUGGCGCAACAGAGGAGGAGAGGGGUCCUUGGGUGCAGAACAAUGUGUACGAGGCACCGGGCAUGCCUGCUCUUGACUCGCUAUAUCAAGUAUGA